UGUGGCAGGAGGGACUUGGUUAGGUGACUGAAAUCAUUAAUGGGAACUCUUUCCUGUAAACCUCCCUGGUCAGAACUACAGGAAUCUCCAAGUUGAAGCUGGCCAUCCUUGGGGUUUCUAAAGAAGGGCCUACAGAGGGAAAUGAACUACAGAGUUACGAUAGGAAUUCCUGCCUUUUAUUGAGCCUAACUGCAGAGCUUCCCGCACAGAGUUCCAGAAUCCAAGAAACAGGCAUCUAGGAAGUAUCGCUUUUCUGAUAAAUAAACGACGGCUGGCCGAUUUCCAGCGGCUGGAGAGUUCAACCUCAGCAGAGAGUAGGACUGCCCGUAAGGUUCUGGGUCUUCAAGGUGGGGCGGUACCUCCGUCCCAGCCUCAUGGCAGACAUCGAUUAACGAGCUGAGAAUGAAGCGGAGAGCAUCAGACAGAGGAGCUGGGGAAACGUCGGCCAGGGUAAAGGCUCUGGGGAGUGGGAUUUCCGGAAAUAAUGCAAAGCGAGCUGGACCAUUCAUUCUUGGUCCUCGUCUGGGCAACUCACCGGUGCCGAGCAUUGUGCAGUGUUUGGCCAGGAAAGAUGGCACAGAUGACUUCUAUCAGCUCAAGAUCCUUACUCUGGAGGAGAGGGGUGACCAAGGCAUAGAGAGUCAGGAGGAGAGGCAAGGCAAGAUGCUGCUGCACACCGAGUACUCUCUGCUCUCCCUCCUGCACACGCAGGACGGCGUGGUCCACCACCACGGGCUCUUCCAGGACCGCACCUGUGAAAUGGUUGAGGACACAGAAUCCAGCCGAAUGGUUAAGAAGAUGAAGAAGCGCAUCUGCCUCGUCCUGGACUGCCUCUGUGCACACGACUUCAGCGACAAGACCGCCGACCUGAUCAACCUGCAGCACUACGUCAUCAAAGAGAAGAGGCUCAGCGAGCGGGAGACCGUGGUCAUCUUCUAUGACGUGGUGCGCGUGGUGGAGGCCCUGCACCAGAAAAACAUCGUACACAGAGACUUGAAGCUCGGGAACAUGGUGCUCAACAAAAGAACUCAUCGGAUAACCAUCACCAACUUCUGCCUCGGGAAGCAUCUCGUGAGCGAGGGUGACCUGCUGAAGGACCAGAGGGGGAGCCCCGCCUACAUCAGCCCGGAUGUGCUCAGUGGCCGGCCCUACCGAGGCAAGCCCAGUGACAUGUGGGCCCUGGGGGUAGUGCUCUUCACCAUGCUGUAUGGACAGUUCCCAUUCUACGACAGCAUCCCACAGGAACUCUUCCGGAAGAUCAAGGCUGCUGAGUACACCAUUCCUGAGGAUGGGCGGGUCUCUGAGAACACCGUGUGUCUCAUCCGGAAACUGCUGGUCCUCGACCCCCAGCAGCGUCUGGCUGCCACUGACGUCCUGGAAGCCCUCAGUGCCAUCAUUGCAUCAUGGCAGUCCCUGUCCUCUCUGAGCGGGCCUUUACAAGUGGUUCCUGACAUCGACGACCAGAUGAGCACCGCAGACAGCUCCCAGGAGGCGAAGGUGACAGAGGAGUGCUCUCAGUAUGAGUUCGAGAACUACAUGCGGCAGCAGCUGCUGCUGGCCGAGGAGAAGAGCUCCGUGCAUGAGGCCCGGAGCUGGGUGCCAAAGAGGCAGUUCGGCAGUGUGCCUCCGGUGCGACGGCUGGGCCACGACGCGCAGCCCAUGACCUCCUUGGACACGGCCAUUCUGGCACAGCGCUAUCUGCGGAAGUAGUGGCCUCAGCCAGGGGCAGCUAGCCCCAGCGCCACCUCUUCGGGCCCCCAGCGCACGGCCUGGCUGUCGGGGCUGGGUCCUGUAGUGCUGGACUCUGCCAGGCUGCAGUGGGGACAGGACAGGGACAGGAACAGCCCAGGUCACACAUGCGGUCAGCAGAGGUACACAGAGCUACCUUUUGGAAUGAUUGCGUGAUUGUUUGGUUUUUUAAUCUGAGAAGCGUAGAUAACUAAUCUGCUUUUAAUCAUGACAUUUUAAUCUACCUCUGUCUCUAACCAUGCUGUCUCUGGACUGAGUGACGAGAGGACGGGCCACCCACUCGCCCAGGCCCUGACCCAGCCGCCGGCCGCCGGCCACUGGGGCCGCUGCUCCCCACAGUCCAAAUAAGCUGAAGGUGCAGCUCGCUGCUGGCUCCCAAAAUGAAUGCCCGCCCUCCCCGGCCCCUCCCACCGUCCAUGCUGCCCUUCUGACCCCAGCCCCUCAGUCCAAGCUUUGGAAAACCUCCUCUUCAUCUUAUACCGAAUUCAAAUAUAUUUAUUUUUUUACGAAACCACAUUCUCCCCCUUUCUAGGUGGCCCAGCUCUUGGCCAUGCCCCGCCCGCACCUCGCUGGACGGCGGGGUCCGCAGUCCCACCCUGGCUUCCCCACUUGCCCCAGGCACAGAGGCGCCCUCGCCAGUCCCUCUGCCCCAGUCCGCCGGGCCCCGUCUGCCCGAAUGGGAGGCCUUUGUGGACUCGGCUCUUCCCUUCGUCUCAGCUCCUCUGAGGUGCUGCGCGAUAGCCUUGCUCCCUUCUCCAUGUUUCCUGUGGUAACCAGGUAACCGGACCCAAGUGUGGGCGGAGCCUGUGGCCGAGCCGCGCAGGCCUGGCCUGGGAGGUGGCCCUGCUCGAAUGCACCCUCGCUCCUGCGCCCCAGCACAUUCACAGAACAAACAGUGGGGACCUCCCUGCCUGCCCUUGCCUCAGAGGAGAAGUGGUGUUUUCUCCCCAGUGCAUGUUGGCCGGGGACCUUCACGGGGCUGGGCGUGUUGGGGGCAGAAAUUAGGGAUUGAGAUCCUACCCUGCCUGGCUUGAGAACAGCCCUGCUACCCUUUUGAGCCAUGAUUUUGAAGUGGAUGCCAGUCUUGCCAGAAAUGCUGUUCUCACCAGAAUGCCCUGCCCUGCCCAGUGUCAAGCAAAGACCCUUCCCUGGAGACCUACCCACCGUGUGUCCUCUGAGAGGCCGAGUGUCCCUUCCAGGCAUCUGUAGGCCUCUCCUGCCUGUCCUUGCUCCUCACUGUGAUUCCCAGAGUGUGAGCUGCCUCCAGUCCCCCUAAAAAGCUGACUCACUGUGAGUGACAUUGGGCAAGUUCCCAAACUUCCUUGUGCCUCAGUUUCCCCAUCUGGAAAAAAAUGGGGCCACCUCUUGCCAGCAGUAGCAGGGCCACCCAUGCCCCUUCCCCGUGUCCCAAUCCAGUACUCGGGCGCCUCGUGCCUCAGUGGGUCUGUGGGAGCCCGCCACUUACUCCCGGAGCACCCAGCUCUGCCUCUAUCUCAGCCAUCAGCUGCCGAGAGCCAGGGCAUGGUGCUGUCUCUUUUCUAUAUUUAUUUGAUAAAAGUCUCCUAAAGGAGCAGAGAUGUGUGGCUGGCCCGGGCUCCCAGCCCUGUGACUGUCGUGCGGUGAGGCUCACGCCUGGCCAGGGCCUGCCUCGGUGGAGCCCCCACCCAGGACCCUAGGGCCCGUUUUCCAUGUGGUCUUUCUCCUCCUUUUCAAAGCAAUAUCCUCGGGUCUGCACAGCCCUGUCAGACAGACUGGUUCCUCCAAAGGCGACCCAUGAGUCUGAUGGCAUCUCUGGAGCAGACGAGAGGAGGCUGUCUGCCCUCACUGGUGUCACAUACUGAGAGAAGGCCUAUUGUAAAAACACAAAAUGGAAACGUCACAAAAAAGUUUGUAUAAAGACAUAUUUUUGUACUACAUGGGGACUCCACCUGCAUGUCAGCAAUAAAACUUCCUUGUCUGGA